GCGCUUGGUUCGGGCUCGGGGAGAACGGUACCGUAACUCCUUACCGCGGAUACAGCCAGGUCCCGUAAGCUGGUUAGACGGGUUAAGCUACUAACUUUCAGAUCCAUCCGAUCAGCUGAACCAAAAAGAGCCUCUGAAGCGCCGCCUCUUCCUCAGAAGAAGUAAAAGCCUAUUGAUCUAUCUCAACCCGUGAGUAACAUCCCUCUCUCUUUUGAAAUGCCUACUGUGAGGCACCGCCACCACUAUUCUUCAACCAUGGAGGGCCCCUCUGGCAUAUCGGCAGAAUCUGAUCCUCCUACGCCGCCUCCCUCUGAGCGCGCAUCUUCGCCGACCGCGCCCCUCCACGGGCGCACCAGUCCCUUCCACCUGGCCAUUAUGAGGAUCGGUAGUCACCCCGUCUUGAAAGCUCUUGCUGGAUUCGUCCUCCUGGGACUUCUCUCCGGCCUAUUGGGAUGGCCAAGACAGCUGGUGUUCUGGUUGAACCUGGUCGCCUUGGUGCCGCUGAUGGCCAUCAUCACGAUUGCUAUCACCGAGCUGUCCCAUGCCCUUGGGCCGUUUCUUCACGAAAUUCUCAAAUCCACCCUGGGUAACUCGGUGGAACUGAUGGUAGGCCUUGUCUCAGCGCACAUGGGUCAAGGCCGUAUCUUCCACUCAGUGGUGGUUGGCAGUAUCCUGUGCUAUUCUCUCCUGGUGCUUGGUGGCUGUUUCCUAAUAUCUGGCUACGACAAGGAACAUCUACACUUCGAUCGCACCUUGACUAGCAUCAUGUCAUCGUUGAUGAUGAUGGUAUGCAUCUCCUUGGUCCUUCCUGGUGUCAUGGUCACGUUUCCGUCCUUGGACACCCUCUCCAUUAACGCUGUGGUGACCAGCCAUGAGGUACAAAUGGUUUCGUAUGGGAUCGCUCUCAUCCUGCUGGGUUUAUUUGGUGUCUUCCUCCUUUUCCAACUCAAGUCUCAUGCUGCAUUGUUUCGCAUUGCCGAGGGGGCAGCCGAGCCGCACUUGAGCGAUGCCAGCAGCGAAAACCGCGCAGACGAUGAUAGAAUGCAAAUGAACCAUGAACCGGUCAUGUUCACACCGCAAUCAGCUGGCGUUGCUCUUCUUAUCGCAGUAGCCUGCUUGACGGGGUGUGUUGUACACAUUGUGAACAGUGUCAAUGCUGCGCUAGAGCGGGGAACUGGUACCAGCUUCCCCAUUUUGGUCUGGGUGCCGCUGGUGGGGAACGUGUCCAAGUAUCUGACCAUUGUGGUCAUCUCGCGCCAGGGCCAUGUGGAGGUGGCCGUCCGAAACAUCUUGAACAGCGUUCUGCGCCUCACCCUGUUGGUCACGCCAACUCUGGUCCUCAUGGGCUGGUCCCUGGGUCAAUCGGUGACUCUGCAGAUGGAUAAUUUCGAGGCGACCAUGCUGUUCCUCGCCGCCAUGGUCAUGAGCCACGUGAUUCACGAAGGCCGGGCAAACUAUUUUGACGGCCUCAUGCUCUGUGGAACGUACAUCAUCACGGGAGUGGCAUUUUAUGUGUGUCCCAGCGUGAGCACCAUCAAGGAUGUCGCGGUCGUAAACACAUGAUAUUGAGUCCUAGUAUUCAUUAUCAACGUGGUAUAUGUAUGUGUAUAGUAUAUAUAACUCUGGCCCAUAUGUCUGAAAGCCCGUGCUCCAAGAUAAAACAGCAAAUCCAACUACGCAGAUGAUAAGAUUAUGAUGUUAAGGCAGUCGUCUACCGAACGUAGAAAGCAAGCGUCAAAAUCGCAUACCUGUCAUCACUGUUAGUAUAUGAAAAA